AGUCAGGUGAAAAAUUUGGUUAAGCCGUGACAGAAAAAGUAUAUUAAGGCAGUCGCGAGUCAACAGCACACGAUAACCAACAUAUAAAGAAGAAAUAACCAUGGGAGAAACCGAGAUGCAGACAAUGAAAGUGUUCGUGGUUUUUGUUGCCGUAUUCGCGAUUGAGCAAGCAUCGGCGGCAGUAAAUACAAAUACUCUUGCCAGAACAUUACACAAUAAGCUAUCCAGUCUUCUGAAGCCCCAGCUUGUGCUUCCCCCGGUACCGCCUGGUCGUAGCUAUCAGUUUGUUACGCCCAAGCUUGACUUUCUUUUUGUUCUCGACAGCAGCGGGAGCAUUACUGCCAGGUAUUUUGAAGAGGCAAAGGAUGUGUGCAAGAUUAUAGUAGACUACAUUCAUGGUAAGUCACCGAUUGGAAAGUAUGGGUCACGGGUCGGACUCAUCCAGUACUCUACCAAGAGCAAAACCCAUGUUGAAUUUUCAUUUGGCGACUACAACACUGUCAGUGCUAUAAAAAACAGGAUCAGUCAAGUGAAGUUUGAUAACGGCAGUGCCACUGCAACCGGCCCCGCACUGCAGUUGGCUAAAACAGAAAUGAAUGCCAAAAGUCGUCCUGGCAACGUUAGAGUGGUGUGGGUAAUCACAGACGGAAAAUCAAACUCCGGAGUGAAACCUAAGAUUCCCGCGGAUGACCUUAGAGCGAAUGGUGUCACGGUUUGUGUUGUUGGCGUCGGCAAUUCCGUCAACGACGUGGAGCUCAAUCAGAUCGGGGACAGCGGGUGUGUAUUCCGCUCAGACUCGUACAGUCAGUUGAAGACGGCAGCCAGAAUGGCUUACAACCUGAGCCGACCCCGCCUGAGUUCCGGUUUCUUCAACAACCUUUCGUUCAAGCGUGUUUAAUAAAAAUGAUUUGCAAUAUCGGUGCACUUACCAAAGCCAAUCGAAAAACACGUAGUACCUGUAGCUUUGCAUUAUACAUUCCCGAACAUGUAUUUUAAUCACUUGGAUUAUAAGGUCGAUUUAUAAUACAGACUUGACAUUUAAUAUGGAAUAUUUUUUCUAAACCAUAUUUUGUCAGUUUUUUCCUACUUCGCUGACUGAUAAAUGAAAAUAAAGAUUGAAAUAGUGUUUUAAUAACUUUUAAUAAUAUAUUUGAUGUCAUGGUGUCAUCACCUAAUUAAUUGAAUUCAUACUUAAUGAAAAUAAAGAAAAAAGAAUCUCAGCGGUGCGAGUUUUGUAAUAUUGCCAAAGAGACAAUAUAUCAUGUAUUUUGGGAAUGUCCAUACGAACAAAAUAUCUGGACUUGCCUUAUUAAUGCUAUAAGGGAAAGUAUGAAGGUGAAUAUAGAGAGGCAUCCCAAAGUGUUCUUAUUUGGUCUUGUACAACAAUUCAAAAUAGAAGGCCUGUAUUUCCUCACAUUGAUAACUAAGAAAUACAUAAGCAUAUGCAGGUCCAGAUCCGACCCCCCCACUUGGGUAGGGUUAAUACAAUAUGUCAGAUGCUAUGGAAAUAUUACCAGGUUCUCAUUAUACAUGUAUCCUCAAGCGAAACGAACUAACAUACAACAGAUUUGUAUUGAUAAGAUAUCAAUAUAUUGAUAUAAGAUAUUAGCGGAAUAACAAAACAAAACUGUUUAUAAUAUGUAUUUUUAUUUCUUGCUCAAAAUAAGAUCAGUAUUUCAGUGACUGAGCAUCUGUAUUAUAAGUAUUUGUGUGCACUACAGUGUGCGUGCGCCUUCGGAUGUGUGAGGCUGUAUGUGAAAAAUGUGUGUACGAAUGUGCAUAUACACUAUAUUAUAUUAAGACACACAAUUUAUAAUAUCUCUAGUUCUUAUAGUGGUGCACAGUAUCACCUUGCUUUGUUCACGUAUUGUUCAGUUUGUAAUGUACUCUGUAAUGUACUGAAGAAUUUUGUAUAUUGUAUUGUACGUUCUACAAUAUUAAAAUAAUAUUUCAGUGACUGUGCACCCAUAAAAGUGUAUGUAUUGUAUUAA